AUGAAGUCUAUUAUUGCUCGUCAAAUAUUUGAUAGCCGUGGAAAUCCAACUGUAGAGGUAGAUCUAACCACCAGCAAAGGGAUGUUCCGUGCAGCAGUACCAAGUGGGGCUUCAACUGGCGUCCAUGAAGCUCUCGAACUGAGAGACGGUGUAAAAAAUGAAUACCGUGGUCUUGGUGUUUUAAAGGCCGUGAAUAAUAUUAACCGCAUCAUUGGCCCUGCCCUUUGUCAAAAAAAUUUCAGCAUGUCAAACCAACAAGAAAUCGAUAUGUUCAUGGUGAAGGAACUUGAUGGCACUGAAAACAAGAAAAAGCUAGGAGCAAAUGCGAUCCUUGGAGUGUCACUGGCAGUUGCAAAGGCAGGUGCUGCAGAAAAAAAUGUCCCGCUAUAUCGGCACUUUGCAGAUCUUGCUGGAAACCGUGACAUAAUCCUUCCAGUGCCCUCAUUCAAUGUUCUGAACGGUGGUAGUCAUGCUGGCAAUAGGCUUGCUAUCCAGGAAUUUAUGAUUAUGCCAACUGGGGCCAAGACAUUUAGCGAAGCCAUGAAGAUGGGCAGCGAAACCUACCACUCCCUGAGGGCUGUCAUCAAGAAUAAAUACGGUAUAGAUGCCUGUAACGUUGGGGAUGAAGGGGGUUUCGCACCCAGCAUCCAGGACAAUUUUGAAGCUUUAGAACUCCUUAAGGAAGCCAUUGACAAGGCGGGUUACACAGGCAAGAUAAAAAUAAGCAUGGAUGCUGCAUCGUCUGAGUUCUUUAAAGAGGGUCUCUAUGAUCUCAAUUUCAAAAAUCCCGAUUCGAAGAAAGAAGAUUGGAUUUCUUCGGACAAGAUGAUUGAAAUGUUCAAUUCAAUGGUUGACAAGUAUCCUAUUGUGAGCAUUGAAGACCCAUUCGACCAAGAUGAUUGGAACUCAUGGAUAACUUAUACUGGUCAGGCUGGUAUUCAAGUUGUAGGCGAUGACCUAACUGUGACAAACCCUUCCCGAGUCCAAAAGGCUAUCGACUCAAAGGCUUGCAAUGCUCUUCUCUUGAAAGUUAACCAGAUAGGGACAAUUACCGAAGCUAUCGAAGCCUGUAAUAUGGCUAGGAAGGCCGGCUGGGGUGUCAUG